GUUGUCUUUGUUUUUUGGUUUGUGUCAUUUUCUUACAGAUUUUAGCUUUCUGAAAUCAUGCUUGUUACAUUUUGUUUGGAAGAUGUAGCAAAUGCUACGGGAUUCCAUGUCUGUUUAAAGUGUAACGUUCACAUGUGUGCAGGCCACAAUAAUAUUUACUAGUGUCUAGCAAGCAUUAUUAUCCAUGAUAUGAACACCAUCCUCGUUUCUGAUUAUCUUUGUUCCUUUAUAAUUCACGUAGCUGUAUCGUGUAUCAUGAUCACAAAACCGAAGCCACUCCGCCGUCUGUGGAUGCAGCCGCUGACUAUUCGGGCACCGGAAACACAACAAAGCUGACGCGAACCAUGUUGUAAAUAACUGGACGGGGGCUGGCAUCUCUCCGUGGCAUCAGCUGGGUCUCUCUUCCUCAGUUCUGCCCGUCGAAAUGAAUAUCUCCGAUCACCGACUUUGCAUUACGUGGAGGAGGUAAAACAAAAACUUGAAAGAUGACAAACCACGGAGAGCUUUGCCCUCAUCUAGACUCCAUUGGAGAGGUUACCAAGGAGGAACUUCUACAGAAAUCAAAGGGCACGUGUCAGUCAUGCGGUGCUGUGGGCCCCAACUUGUGGGCUUGUCUGCAGAAGGACUGUUCGUACGUUGGCUGUGGGGAGUCCUAUUCAGAUCAUAGCACCUUACAUGCACAGGCGAAAAAGCACAACCUGACGGUCAACCUGACCACCUUCCGGAUCUGGUGCUAUGUCUGCGAGAGGGAGGUCUUCUUGGAGCAGAGGCCUGUUUUACCAGCACCUGGCAGCCACCCCUGCAAACCUCUGGAGCAGGAGUCUGUGCUGCAGACAGGAAGCCACCCACUAAAGGCUGUGCCCAUCGCCGUGGCUGAUGAGGAGGAGUCUGAGUCAGAGGAAGAUGAGCUGAAGCCGCGAGGGCUCACUGGCAUGAAGAACAUCGGCAACUCAUGCUACAUGAAUGCAGCUCUGCAGGCUCUCUCCAACUGCCCACCACUCACCCAGUUUUUCCUGGAAUGCGGUGGUCUGGUCCGGACCGACAAGAAACCUGCCUUGUGUAAAAGCUACCAGAAACUCAUCUCUGAGCUGUGGCACAAGAAAAGGCCGAGUUACGUGGUCCCCACCAGCCUGUGCCAUGGCAUCAAGCUGGUAAACCCCAUGUUCCGAGGCUACGCUCAGCAGGACACCCAGGAGUUUCUGCGCUGUUUGAUGGACCAGCUGCACGAGGAGCUGAAGGAGCCUCUGAUGGAGUUUGGGGCGGGGGAUAGUGGCGACGGGGACGAGCGGCGGGAUGGGGACCGCAGCCCCUCUGAGGACGAGUUCCUGUCCUGCGAGUCGGGCUCCAGCAGCGACCGAGGCGAGGCCCUGGAGGCCAGGGGCCCUGGCGAGGCCGAGCUGCUCAUCCAAGAUGAGUGUGCGGGCCGCGGGGGGCCUGGGGGGAGCAUUUCUGAGAAGGAGAGGUUGAAGGAGCGCCGGGUGUCCGGCUCGCCGCUCCACAGCGGCUCGCGGGAGAUGGACGAGGACGCCGAUGUGGACACCACGGCUGAGGAUGCCCCCCACGCCCCGGCGGCGGAGGAAGACGUGCCAGCUAACGCCAGCCUGAACCACGCUCAGAACGCCCCCGAGCCCGACAAUGAGACCUCGAUGCACUGCAGCGCCUCGCGCCCUUGCAGCCCUACCCACAGCCCCCCAGACCUGCACCCCAAGCUGUCCAGCAGCCCCCCUCGCUCCAGCCCGCUCCGGUCUGCAGGUGCAUCCUUCUCCCUCAAGAAAGCCCAGCUUUUGCCUGGUGCCAAAAAAAAGAAGCAUCCGCGGUAUCGCAGCGUGAUCUCCGACAUCUUCGACGGCUCCAUCCUCAGCCUGGUCCAGUGUCUCACCUGCGACAGGGUGUCCACCACUGUGGAGAUGUUCCAGGACCUGUCUCUGCCCAUCCCGGGGAAAGAAGACCUGGCCAGGCUGCAUUCCUCCAUCCACCAGAACCUACCCGCCAAGGCCGGCGCCUGUACGGAGAGCUACGCCUCGCAGGGCUGGAUCUCCUACAUCAUGGACUCCAUCCGCAGGUUUGUAGUGUCCUGCAUCCCUAGCUGGUUCUGGGGGCCUCUGGUCACUCUGGAGGACUGCCUUGCUGCCUUCUUUGCUGCAGACGAGCUGAAAGGUGACAACAUGUACAGCUGUGAACGAUGUAAAAAACUGAGAAAUGGGGUUAAAUACUGCAAGGUGCUGCGCCUUCCUGAAAUUUUAUGUAUACAUCUGAAGCGCUUUCGGCACGAAGUCAUGUAUUCCUUCAAGAUCAAUAGCCACGUGUCCUUCCCACUGGAGGGGCUGGACCUCCGGCCGUUCUUGGCCAAAGACAGCCCCUCACAGAUCACGACCUACGACCUGCUCUCGGUGAUUUGUCAUCAUGGCACUGCAGGAAGUGGACAUUACAUCGCCUACUGCCAGAAUGUUAUCAAUGGGCAGUGGUAUGAGUUUGACGACCAGUAUGUGACUGAGGUCCAUGAGACGGUGGUGCAGAAUGCAGAGGCCUACGUUCUCUUCUACAGGAAAAGCAGCGAGGAGUCAGUGAGGGAGAGGCAGAAGGUGGUGGCCCUGGCCAACAUGAAGGAGCCCAGCCUGCUCCAGUUCUACAUCUCCAGGGAGUGGCUCAACAAGUUUAACACCUUCGCCGAGCCCGGUCCCAUCACCAACCACACAUUCCUGUGUCAGCACGGAGGAAUUCCCCCCAAUAAGUACCACUACAUCGACGACCUAGUAGUCAUUCUGCCCCAGAACGUUUGGGAAUAUCUCUACAACAGGUUCGGAGGGGGUCCGGCCGUGAAUCAUCUCUACGUGUGCGCCAUCUGCCAGGUGGAGAUCGAAGCUCUGGCGAAGCGGAGGAAGACGGAGAUUGACACGUUCAUCAAGCUCAAUAAAGAAUUCCAAGCAGAGGAGGCUCCCAGCGUCAUCCUUUGCAUUAGCAUGCAGUGGUUUCGGGAAUGGGAGAGCUUCGUGAAGGGCAGGGACAACGAGCCCCCGGGGCCAAUCGAUAACAGCAAGAUCGGCGUCAUGAAGGGGGGGCAUAUCCAGCUCAAGCAAGGAGCAGACUAUGGCCAGAUCUCAGAGGGGACGUGGCAGUAUCUCCUAAACAUCUACAGCGGCGGCCCAGAGAUCGCCGUGCGGCAGACAGUGGCACCUGCUGACGCCGAUGGGCUCCACGGGGAGCGCAAGAUCGAGGCCGAGACCCGAGCACUCUGAUGGACAGUCACCCUCGAUCAGAUCGGUCCUACUUCCUGCAGGAGCACGCAGCCCUGGCUUUGCACCUUGGUGAAACAAUGUCGUGAGCACUUUGUAAUGUACUGGUUUGUCAUUUUAUUACAUGUUCAUAAAGAAAUAGUGGUAACUGUAAUCUAAGUUAACAAUAGAGGUACUUUUUGAGCAUAUUUCUCAGAAAUGGCAAAAGAAAGCCAGCAGUAGUCGUUUUAGCCUGGGUGCGGUAAAGAUGACGGCUGCUCUAGUAGACUUGUAGUAUCAUAAUGAUGUAAUCUCCGGACUUCUGCUCGAAUGAAUGCUUUGGCUACUCGAACCACGUGGCUAGCUAGGGGAAUGACCAUGAGUAUUAGAUGUUUCUAGACAAACGUGUCCCUUCUGCAGAAAUCUUCUCAUGAAGAAGCAUGGCUCGGCUCAGAUUCGAACUGAAGGUGUUUCGGAUCGUUGUCAUGAAAUAAUUUUGGCCCCGAAUGUCGCUUCACAGCUUCUUUGCGUUGUACCUGUGCUUUUAUUCUUGCACCGUUUACUAGGAGAACAGGGUAGGGGCUGCUCAACCCUUGACAGACAAGUAGGUAAGGAAAUAAACAAGGAUAACUUGUUUUGCUAUGUUUGUCACCUGAAAUAAUCUGUCUGAAAAUCUCUCUCUCUGUUUGACUGCUGCUUACACAUUGGAGCAAUAUGUUGCACAAUUUCUGUAUGGAAGCUUUCAUCAUUAGCCUUUUCUGAUGUAACAAUGCGGUAACUCACAAGCCACGGAUUUACUGCACCUCUUGGUGAUUUUGGUGGCAUCAUGAUGUACGGUUCCUUAACCAGCCGCUCUCCUGAAUGGCUAAAAUUCCCCACAUGUUGUGGCCUCCAAUCAUAAAUCUAAACGAAAGUGGUAAUAAUAAUUAAAUCAUAGUGUACUGUGUGAGCGGCACAGUGUCUCAGUUGGUGUCACUGUUACCUCCCACCUGCAGCAUUAAGGGUUUGAAUCCUGUCUCCGCUUUGUGUUUGAGUUUAGAUGUGCUUCCUUUGCUGGGUGCAGUGAGGCUAACUGGAAUCUCUAAAUUGCCCAUAGCAUAUAAGUGUGUGUCUCUUUGCAUUCUGUGAUGAACUGGCUUCCUUUGAAGGCUGUACCUCAGCCUUGUGCCCUGUGCUGUCUGGGAUGGGUGCCAGGCUUCCGCGAUUAUCCUGACUGGGAUAGGCGGAUGGAUGGAUGGAUGGAUGGAUAGUAUACCAAAAGGAGCUAUAAUAUUUGUUAAUAAAUAUUAAAUAUGGAAAUGUCAUGGCAUUAGGAACUGAUCAGCUACAGAACACUGUAUCGCUCCCUAUGUACCCAGCUAUCCAGUAAUAUGAUGACAUUUUGGUUACAGUUCAACUGAUGUUUUCCUCUUCAUUGUAUCAGUGAUGUAUGUGGCAGUACAUUCAUACUAAUAAUAAAUAUCAUUUUUGAUGAUAUUUAAAUUAUUCCAGAUUUUACUGCAGAAUACACAGAACGCUAACAACAUUCUAAAGAGUACGUUAAAUGUAUCUGUGCUGAAUUGGUUAUCAUCUUCUAUUAAAAACUUUGAGUGCAGUCAAAACUUUUAAAAUGUGUUACUGUAAUAUUUAGUGAUUAAAUAUUUUGCAAAACAGCUACACAUUCAAAAACUGUCCUUUACCAGUUCUAUCAACUGUGAUGCAAAAAUUAUAUAUAAAAUUUGAUAGUAAUGCAAGAACAGAAAACUAAAAAAAUUGGACUUGUAGUUCUUUCUAACAUUGACCAAAAUGUUUUUUUAUGAUUCUGAUUAUGCUUGCAUAAUUCUUGCAUACUUGAAAUUUAGUUUCUUAAUACUUUGUAUAUUGAUUUUCUUUCUUUGAGCUUUCGUAACAUGAUAUCCGUGUGCAGUGUGAAAAACGUUCAUUGCAGUUAGCUAGUCGCACCAAAUCGCUUACUCAUAACCGCUGGUCACAAAAAUAGCUACAUUUGCCACCACUGUGGUUUGCUUUUGAUGUAAAUGUCAGAAUGGCAAAAGUUAAUGGGUUAAAGCGUUUUGAUGGUAAUCGUCAUUCUUGUUGCAGUGACUGACAUUUAAUUUCUCAUGCAUUAUUGCCUGGCACUGGUGGUCCUCCCGCUCAUGCACUCGCCUUGCUCAGAAUGACAGAAGAUGUAUUUGUGGUUGCAUGCAGGAUGCCCACAGAACUGUGCUGUGAGAAAUUUCCUUUGGUUAUGAAGCAGGCCUGUAAUGUUUGAAAACACUGGCCUGUACUUUUUUUUAUUAUUUUCAAGUAACACUUAAGAUAUUAGUCAAUAUUUAAAUACAUAUUUCAUUGCCAUUAAAAAGCAUUCAUUUGUCUGAUUAGAAAAUGCCAUAUUUGAUAUUUAUUGCAAAGUAGAAGAUGUUUAAGUCAAAGCAGAAUCAAAAUAUUUAGACACUUUGUUUCACAGAUGUAACCUGCCCUUGUUUGCUGUUUCUUUCAUAAGUAUCACAUGAUGAUUGUGCAUGAGAAGUAUGAUCUAAUCCUCUAGGUGUCUUUUAAUUUUCUUAUUAUUUUUCAGAAUCUAUCAUAGGUCAGACCUCUGCUGACGGGUGACAAUCGUCUCUUUCAUGUGACAGUUUCUUGAGAGCCAUAUCAAAAUACUUAUUUAUUUGACUAUUUAUAUGAUUAUUUAACCAAUAUUUAUAAGAAGUCUGAAGGGCGAGAUUUUUUUGGACUAAGUUGCAAACAUUUAUGGUGCUGUCAUAAUUGCAAGAAAAAAAGAUGGAGAAUGUCAUAUGAUUCAAAGUACUGAGUGUCUCUGAUUAAGUGACUUGUUAACGUGCUCUUUGCAAUGCUGCCUUACAGUUUUUUUUUGAUAAUCGCUUCGUUAUAUAUGAUUUUUUGAUGGCCAUGGGUAGGUGGUUUUUUUCAUUAUAGUAACAAUAUUUGUUGUUCAUUUUCAUAGACUGUUGAGCUGUAGCUUCAUUCUCUUGGUUAUGUCUUGGUUAUGAAUUGUUGGCUUUAUUUAUUGACUUGAUGAGAGACUAUAAUACCCUGUAAUAUUUCUCAGUAAACUGAAGCAAAUGCAAGUCUGCCACUGAUGUGAGUGACUUUUAGGGCUGUGAGAAGGAGGAAAUGCUUGCGAGAACUUCCACGGACAGCCGACAACAUCCAGGAUUUCUCUUUAAUGUAUAUACAAGACCAAAUGAAUGACUUGUAUUGACCUUAUUGAUGUGUUACUGUAUGACCUCGGAUGCUACCUUUAAACUGGAAACUGGCCAAAGUGAUACUUGUAAUAUGGAUGUCAAAGAAGGACACAGAUGACAGGCGCUGGGUAGUUUCAUCCUGAUAACUGAAAUAUUUGUGUGGUUUAGCUUUAAUGCAUUUAUGCACAAGCCUAGCAGAUUUGUUUCCUGUACAGCAAAUGAUGCAGAAGUUUACGUAUCCAUAACAAGACUAAGAAGUUACAGCAGAAAUGGCAAACUAAUAUUAAAGGUUUUGCUGGAAAGCAGUGUGAAAAAGGUUAUUCAGUGGGUGACAUGAACUUUGAUGUAAGGACAAAGGAAAUGCUUAAUAGGUAGAAAUCCUUAAUUGCAUUUGUUUUUACUAAUUUACGGUUCAGUAUAUUGUCCUCUAGGAUGAAUUCCCAUACCGUACUCACUUAUUGAUUCCUGUUACUCAGUAUGAUAUGAAGUUGUUUAUUGAUAACGGAUUUCUAUUAGAUAAUUGUCAAGUCACACUCCACUAGGAGGUCUGUACUGAAGAAUUCAGUGCAUGUAGCUGUAACGCGUGUUUGGCUAAAUGCAGAAUUGUCUCGUUACAGUUUCAAUCAGUGCUGUACUCUAUGCCUAGUCGCAAAAGAAACUAAAAAAAUUAAAACAAAAUAAAGAUGAUGUGCAUAAAUCUUC